AUGCACUCACCUCCCGCCUCCCGCCUGCCGCUGCCCGCCCACAUGCAGCUGCCAUUAGAAUGCUGUAUUCAUGCUCCGCCUCCAGUAUGCCUGAUGGUUAUGCCAUGCCCGCCGCUGUCCUUCCUGCUCAUCGUUCUUAUCUGCCCCCUUCCUGUGUUGCCUGCUCGCCCGCUCCUCUUACUGCACGCCCGUGCCCGCCUCGUCAUGUCUUCAUUGCAGCAAAAGGAUCUUGCCUUUCUGUCCAGAUUCGCACUGCGCCAUUCUGCUAUCGGGCUCGUCACUGACUGUGAAAGCUGUGGUGGCUCUGUCCCCAUCACUAUCUGCCGCAGUGACAAGAACGGCAAUGAAGGCAAGCCCAUGGCUAUGCAUCGCUCCCGGUCCUGCACAUUCUACAAGUUUUUCCCUCAGCUUCUGGCACGUCCUGACAUCAUGGCGCUAAUCCCUUAUGGAUCACCGACUCUUGCAUGUUCACAGCCAACAGCAUCUACCUCCUCGAGUGACGCCUUUUCAACCACAUUCCCUUCCACUCAACCUUCGACUUCCUCUCAUCCUCAGCAGAAUAACAAGAAGCCGAGGAAGCGGGGGGGCCGAUGUAUAGGCCCUUUUUGCCGCAGAGCCAGUGCACUGCGGUGUCCGCAAGGGAUGUGCCUCAGCCAUUGCACGGACAGUGGAGGAUGUCCGAUUCAUGGCACGGAGGCACAUAAUCAGCGCGUGGACGUACAACCAGUGGACGACAAUAGUGUGUUUUACCUCGAGGAUGCUGAGACUCGCGAACCUUUCUUUGACACCGACGACACGGAAACGGGUUAUGGAUAUCGUGAUCUUCAACAGGCACUCGAAGCAUCAAUGACUGCCACUGGUGGACAUCCAGCUCCCUUUGCAUCGUUUCAUGACCUCCUCACAGCUCCGAACCCAUCUCAGCUACCUGCACCAUCUCCCACGCAAACACCAUCACGCAUAUGUACACCACCACCAUCAUUUUUCCCACCUCAACAGAGGGAUGACACUGUGUUGACUACGCGAGCGUUCCCGGUACAUAAGCUUUCCAAGGCCCCUCGGGUGACAGAUCAACUUGACCCUUUAUGGGCUGGUGAUCUUAACGCGCGCGCGCAGGAGGAAAUCUCAAGCAAGAUGGUCUCUGAGGGAUGCCACGUAUUCAUCCGACGUCACGGUGUCACCGAGUGCGCUGAUUUCGAUGGGCUCUUCAAGUCCUCGAAGCUUUUGAAUCGCCCCUCCCAUGCACGGUUCAACAUCAAAGGUGAGCGAGAUGGUGUACGCUGGAAGAAGAAGCAGCCGCAGACAGCAUCGUCUGAUGUCGAGAUUGUGGACGACGUGCAGCUCACGCCAAAGCGCUCGUUGGGCAAGCGCCGCUGGAAUCCCAGCCCCGGGCAGGAGACACCCACCCCAACACGAGCACGUUUCGACCUGCAGGAAGAUGAUUUCAACUAUCGUCGUGCUACUUCGCUGUCGCUGACACCCCCUUAUCUUCCAACUCAAUCACAGUCCUAUGCAGACCUCGAGGGAGAUGAUUUUGACUCUCGUCGUGCUACUUCAUUAUCACCAACACCCCCGCUCAUCACCACCACACCCCUGCUCGUCACCACCAAGCCCACAUCGCAACCGGCUCACCAGGCAGAUGAUUUUGACUCUCGUCGUGCUGCUUCGUUGUCGCCAACACCCCCGCUCGUCACCACCAAGCCCACAUCGCAACCAGCUCACCCUUCGAAGAUCCAGCAGCCCGCUCCACCAUCCAUCAUUCCUGUGCAUGUUCCGGUAUACAAUCCUGCCAAGCGGCAAGGCUGGCCGCACGCCAUGUACACACUUGAUAUGACUGUAGGCUUUCAACAGAUGGACAAUGUGAACCUCCGUGUUCACUAUAGUCAGGAACAACUUUUCAGUCUUGUCUUUGGUGGUGCCCCAUUCGUUCGUGCAACAUAUCACCAGAACCGGAAGGCUUGGCGCGAGACAGAGAUGACCAUCCUCGAGAUGCACAAGCGAGCGGGACGGACACCGGAUGGCCUGUGGUCAAACUAUCUUGCUGCGCGGCGCCUUGCCUUAGGUGAGGUGAGCAAGAAACAUAGUGGGCGGAAGUAG